GAAUCAAUUUCAAGUCGAACGGGUCGAGUAUGUGGUCACUCGAAAAGGAGGAUCCUCUCGGAGUACUCGCUGGUGGCCAGCGUAUCAUUAUUUAGGCACAUUGGCACGCACGCCGCAUUGGCGACAGUUUGAUGUUCGUGUCUGUAGGUGAGGAUUAGCCUCGGCCGUUCGAACUCAACCUUCCCCCAAUCACAAUGGCACCCUUUCACCGUCACUUGCCGUCGAUCAGAUCCUAAAAGCAUUAAAAUAUAGUCCAGCACAAUGGGCGACAAUAGCGCAACAUGUUCCUCUGUAUACUGUAACCAAGGAUGGGCCGAAGUGCUGACGCACAUGUCACCCUAUGGUUACGCCAAUUUCGGUGUAGCGUUUGGUCUUGGACUUUCGAUUGUGGGAGCCGCAUGGGGCAUUUGGUUGACAGGAUCCAGUCUGGUCGGUGCGGCCGUCAAGGCGCCACGAAUCCGAAGUAAAAACUUGAUCAGUGUCAUUUUCUGCGAGGCGACUGCUAUUUACGGUGUCAUUAUGGCCAUCAUUCUGACCAACAAGAUCAAGGAACCAGAAAACCCCGACUACUAUCUAGAAGAAGGCUGGGACUACAAUGGAUACUACUACGCUGGAUACGGAAUGUUCUCCGCUGGACUCUCGGUAGGAUUGACCAACAUUGCUUCGGGAGUGUCGGUUGGAAUUGCUGGAUCCAGUUGUGCCAUUGCCGAUGCACAAGACGCUUCUCUGUUUGUCAAGAUUCUUAUUGUCGAAAUUUUUGCUUCCGCUUUGGGUAUCUUUGGUAUUAUUGUUGGAAUCAUUCAAAGCAAUGCCUGCACAUUCCCCAUUGCGGCAUUGGGAUAGACAAUGACAACAACAACAACAAAUCAAUUACAACCAAAUGCUGCCAGCCGGAGAAACCGCCAUUCCAUUUGAUUGGAUGGUACCAAAUCUGCCCCUUUUCGAGCCUAUAGUAGGCCUUGUGUAAGAUAAAACGACAUCAAUUCACACUACUAAAAAAGAGAACUAGCUAGCUGGAUUCUUCCAUACCCAACAUCAGACAUCCAUUUGAAUUGGUAGUUACUUUUAGCUUUGUUUCGUUAGUGACAUCUGCGUUUCGUACCUGCUUUUCCGCUACCGAUAGACACGAAUCAACUAUCAGUACCAGUGCUGGCAACGUAACACCUUCACCAUGGUAGCGGGUGAUACCAUACUGCCGGUACUAGUACGUACGAUUCAGCUCGAUAAUGGGAAAUCUUGUUACAUGUAGAACAACUAUCUCGUCUCUUGCCACGAGCCAACAUCGGUGUCGCCGUCCAAUGUACUUUAGCAGCUACUUGAGC